UUUGGAAUGAAUUGCGCUUCAGAGCUCACAAGCGUGCCCAUUGUUGCUAAGAAUGUGAACUAAGCACUAUUCUUUUGUUUGGCCUUUGGAGUAUUCAAAGGGGCAUUUUGAAGAAGAAGGGUCAUGGAAUGAAGAAUUCUUCCCCAGCUACUCCAUGUUACAAAAAGCAGAAAAAGAAGAGAAUUUGGACCAAAAAACAGGGUGAGGACUUACAUCUAGAUUGCACUUAGCACUGAGAGCAUGGAUCUAUAAGGUUGGCCACAAAAAUUGAAAUCAUAAUAAAAGCAGAAGCUGGUGAAAGAAAGGUCGUCCAAAGAUACAUUUUGGAAGACAGCUUCAGCAAUUGAAGUACGCUGAGGACAAAGGGGGGACAUUGGAAGAGAAGAGAAAAACGUGAACAUUUUUAAAGCAGAUGAAAAAAUUAAAGGACAGAGAAUUAAUCAGGACUGUCCCUGCCAAAUCAUGGUAUGGUAUGCUCUUCUGCCAUCACAAAGGAUCUCAUAUUUUGAUUCCAAAAUCUCUGGGCCUAAGAUAGUCCUGAGCUGGCAACCCCAUAAGAAACACAUCUUCUGGUGAAGUACCACAGAGAAUGCAACUGACAGUCAUCUGAUGGCGACCUUUCUCUUCUUGUUUAUUGUGAAACUGAAUUCACUCUUUUGACAACGGCUAAAGGACGAUGGGGUCCAAUACUCUCGGGAAAGCUGCAACACUGGAUGAGCUGUUAACUACCUGCAUUAAAAUGUUUGAUCAUAAAGGAGAACUAAGUAAUAAUCAUUUGCCAAGAACCUUCCUUUUAAUGCACCGAUGGUAUUUAUCAUCAACAGAACUAGCAAGCAAACUUCUUUCCCUAUAUAGAAGUGCCAAUGGAGAAGACUGCAGUGAAAUCCGCUUAAAAAUCUGCUAUUUCAUGAGAUACUGGAUUAUGGAAUUUCCUGCAGAAUUUAAUCUGGAUCUUGGUUUGGUUCGUCUUACUGAGGAGUUUCAAGAAUUAGUCAGCCAUCUAGGUUAUGAAGAUCACAUUCACCUUAUUGAUAUCUCUAGCAUCCCUUCCUAUGACUGGAUGAGAAGAGUCACACAAAGGAAAAAAAUAUCAAAGAAAGGCAAGGCUUGCCUGCUCUUUGAUCAUCUGGAACCUAUUGAGCUUGCUGAGCAUCUCACCUUUUUGGAGCAUAAAUCUUUCAGAAGGAUCUCUUUUACAGAUUAUCAGAGCUAUGUGAUCCAUGGCUGUCUUGAAAACAACCCAACUCUUGAAAGAUCAAUUGCUUUAUUUAAUGGCAUCUCCAAAUGGGUCCAGUUGAUGGUCCUUAGCAAGCCAACCCCACAGCAAAGGGCAGAGGUCAUUACAAAAUUCAUCAAUGUUGCACAGAAACUUCGAUAUCUUCAAAAUUUUAAUACACUGAUGGCAGUUGUGGGAGGACUGAGUCACAGUUCUAUUUCACGUCUCAAAGAAACACAUUCUCACCUUUCUUCAGAGGUUACCAAGGAUUGGAAUGAAAUGACCGAACUAGUCUCCUCCAGUGGGAACUACUGCAACUACCGCAAAGCUUUUGCUGAUUGUGUUGGCUUCAAAAUCCCAAUCUUAGGAGUCCACCUGAAAGACCUGAUAGCAGUUCAUGUCGUUUUUCCAGACUGGAUUGAUGAGAACAAAGUCAACAUUGUGAAAAUGCAGCAGCUUUCAGUCACCUUGAGUGAGCUGGUUUCCCUGCAGACUGCUUCUCACCAUCUAGAACCGAACAUGGACUUAAUUAACCUACUAACACUUUCCCUGGAUCUCUACCACACAGAAGAUGAUAUCUACAAGCUCUCACUUGUGUUGGAACCAAGGACAUCUAAAUCACAACCUACCUCUCCAACAAGCCCCAACAAGCCUGUGGUACCACUCGAGUGGGUGUCUGGAGUAAUACCAAAGCCUGAUCCAAGUAUCAUCAACAAACACAUCCAAAAGCUAGUUGAGUCUGUUUUUAGGAACUAUGACCAUGACCAUGAUGGCUAUAUUUCUCAAGAAGACUUUGAAAGUAUAGCAGCUAAUUUUCCUUUCCUGGACUCAUUCUGUGUAUUAGACAAAGACCAGGAUGGUCUUAUCAGCAAAGGAGAAAUGACGGCUUAUUUUCUGAGGGCCAAAUCACAGCUGCAGUGUAAAAUGGGACCUGGUUUCAUACAUAACUUCCAAGAGAUGACCUAUCUUAAACCAACUUUCUGUGAGCAUUGUGCUGGAUUCCUCUGGGGUAUAAUCAAGCAAGGCUACAAAUGCAAAGAUUGUGGUGCGAACUGUCAUAAACAGUGUAGAGAUCUGCUAGUUCUAGCCUGCAGGAAGUUUGCCAGAGGAACAUCACUGAGCAGUAACCAUGGUUCUUUGCCCAAUAGUCCAUCAUUGCCAGCUGUCCAAGAUGAAGUAUUUAAUUUUCCCAGUGUAGCUCCACAAAAUCAGAAUCUAGAUAGUAGAGCAAUCACACUUGUAACGGGCUCUUCUCAGAAGAUUUCAGUCCAUCUACAACGGGUGACAACUAGCCAGGCAACUCAGACAGAGCCGCUGUGGCAUGAGCCAGGUUGGGGUGAUUCGGGGUCACACACAUUUCCAAAAAUGAAGUCCAAACUCCAUGGAAAAUCAGGAAAGACUAAAGGUUUUGCAAAAUGGGAGAAUGAAAAACCCAGCAUUCAAACCAACAUGAACAUCAUAGUAGCAACUACAGCACAGAUGUUGGAUCAGAAUGGAACUGAAACUCUGCUAGAAAGACAGACAAUGGAGGCUAGCUGAUCUGCUGCUGCAAAACAUGGAAGAUAGAUCAAGAAAGCACAAAACGAUAUUCUGUAAAUGGCCAAAAUCACUUGUGACAAGAUGUUUAAUGACAGAGCACAUUGUUUAUCUUACACAUAUGUUAAAUAACUUGAUCAACCUGCCCACAGGAGAUAAAGGAGUGUUAUAGCUCCAGCAUAUCAAAGUUUCUUCAUAAUUGUUUCUCAGAAAAGGUAACCUGGUUCCAGUCUAUUUCACUGCUACCAAAGAAACACUGGCUCUUCAAACUUACACUGGAUCUUCACAGCUACAACAAACAGUAGGAAGUAGAGUUGCAUGUCCCAAAUGCUGUUAACUUCAUACAUUCUGAUGUGCACCGUUCCUGUUCCUGCUGUAAUGUUUUUGUGGGAAAACUACAUCCUUUACCUGGCAUCGACGGCUGGAUUUGAGACCGACGGCCUUUGAAAACUCAUAUAAUACAAAACUUCUCCCAACACACUCUUUGUAAUUCUUUCUUUGGGUUGAGUGUUUUGUUUUCCAGAAAAAUCUGGAAGAUGUUUACAGUUUUCCAUUAAAUGUGUGACAGGCUACUGACAUGUGUGCUGCAAGAUUCCUAGCAAUGGAUAAUUGGAUGAAGUACUGUAACUUUAACUAUAUAGUCCGUGUGGAAAGACUUUGUGGAAUUUAGAUUGCAUUAUUCGGUCAUGUGGAUGUUGAAAGAACUGGAGAAAGGAGGUCUUCCACAUGCUUUUCCUUAUGUUGUAGUAAUCAUGUAGCACAUGUUUCAUUUCAUGGUCAUUGAGGUUGUGAUCUCUUUUUUACACGUUUCAACAAAUUGGACAUUUCCUAAAUAAAACACUGGAUUUGAUAAAUAUUAAGGAUUUUCUGAAGCAGA